CUUCCCAGGAACAAUACCACCAUAGGUCGCUCCCCACGGCGGCUCGCAUCCCCCAAGGCGCAUUUCUGCAGAACCAAGUAACGAACUGCCUUUUUGCGAAGGAUGAGCCGUCCAAUGCCUGCCCCUGUCGAGAGCAAUCGGAUGGGAACAGCGUGGGCCGCAGGGGUCGAUCACCGGAGUCGGGACCGUGCUUGCUCGUGCAUUACUUGGUAUAAGGUAUGAUUCAUGAACUCGGGCCCGCCGCUAUGGAACACCGGCCGGCGGCCACUCCUCCGCACAGCACUUCCUUCAUUCUCUCGCGCGCCCCGGGCGAGACACUCUUCUCAGCCCAUCGACCAUGCGGUUACCCGUCACCGCCUGCGCGGCGAGCCUCUGCCUCGCCAGCCAUGUCGCCGCCACCUUCACCUUCUUGCGCGGCACCGCCAUGGACAUCGGCCCGGACGACGACACCGUCGGCGCUGAGGCCCUGCACAAGCGCGCCGAGACCUUCAACGGCUGGGGCACCUUUGACCAGCUGAUCGACCACGCCAACCCGGCCCUGGGCACCUUCAAGCAGCGCUACUGGUACGGCACCGAGUUCUGGAAGGGCCCCGGCUCGCCCAUCUACCUGGUCACGCCCGGCGAGCAGGACGGCACGGGCUUCAACCGCACCUGGCUGUCCAACGCGCGCCUGACGGGCGUCAUGGCCAACCAGACCGGCGGCGCCGUCAUCAUUCUCGAGCAUCGCUACUGGGGCGAGUCGUCGCCGUACCAGAACCUGACGGUCCAGAACCUGAAGUACCUGACGCUCGACAACUCGCUCCAGGAUCUGGUCUACUUCGCAAAGACGUUUGCGCCGCCGUUCGACACGUCAGGCAAGAGCGCCCCCACCGAGGCGCCCUGGGUCGUCGUCGGCGGCUCGUACUCCGGCGCCCUGUCCGCCUGGCUCGCGGCGAAGUACCCGGGCACCUUCUGGGCCUACUACAGCUCGAGCGGCGUCGUCGAGGCUGUGGGAGAUUUCUGGAGCUAUUUCGCUCCCGUGCAGGCGGCGACCCCCAAGAACUGCAGCGCCGAUGUCAACGCCGUGAUCAACUACAUCGACUUCGUGCUCACCUUUGGGUCGCCCCAGCAGAAGGCGGAUCUGAAGAAUAAGUUCAUGCUGGGCGAUCUAGAGGACGCCGACUUUGCUUCCGCGAUCGAAUCGGGCCCGUGGCAGUGGCAGUCCGGUCAGUUUUACUCGAUCACGACUCUCGGCUACACUCCGUACUAUCGCUUCUGCGACUACAUUGAGAACGUCUGGCCCAACUCGACCAACAAGGUGCCUGGCCCCUGGGGCGUUGGCCUGAGCAAAGCUCUGGACGGCUAUGCCAAGUACUUCACGGAAGAGGUGCUUCCCGGCGCUUGCGAGAGUUCUGGGUACGACGACUGGAAGGGCAAGUAUAACACCCGCUGCUUCCAGAGUUUGAACGCCUCCAACGUCGCCUACAAGGACCUGUCUCCAAGCAACUACAUGAACCGCCAGUGGAUGUGGAUGCUCUGCAACGAGCCCUUCGAGUGGUGGCAAGACGGCGCCCCGCUCACGGAGCGCACGCUCGUCUCGCGGCACGUCAACGUGGACUAUUGGCGCCGCCAGUGCCCGCUCGCGUUCCCGCCGUCCGAGGGCGGCUACGCCCUCGCGCGGGGCAAACGCGCCAAGGACGUGAACCGCUGGACGGGCGGGUGGAGCGUCACCAACACGACGCGCGCCAUGCACACCAACGGCGAGUGGGACCCCUGGCGCGACGCCACCCUGUCGAGCGACUUCCGCCCCGGCGGCCCGCUCAAGAGCACCAAGCAGCUGCCGGUGCGCGUCGUCAAGCACGGCACGCACUGCUCCGAGCUGUACGGGCCGAACUGGGACGUGAACCCGGAGGUGAAGGCGCUGGCGAUGGAUGCGGCGGCCAAUAUGAAGGAGUGGGUGGGCGAGUUCUAUGAAGAGAAGGGGAGGGACAAGCCGUGGGCAGAGUAGCGUGGUAAUAAAUAAAGGCCCGAAGCUACGGGAUCUUACGAGGAGUUACGUUCACGCCGACCGUCUCCAAGUGAAUAGCCACGGCAGACAGCUUCGGCUGACAACGUGAAUUGAGUUACCAGUAAGUAGAGAGGCGCAACGAGCACCAA